AGCAGUUCCAGCAGUGGAAGAGGGACAAUGACCCCGAGUACCAGAGGCAGGGCCUGGCCGGGUUCCUGAGGGACAACGGCAUCACCUGCCCUCAAUGCAAGUUCCAGUACGCUCUGACCAGAGGCGGCUGCAUGCACUUCAGCUGCUCCCAGUGCAGGUACCAGUUCUGCAGCGGCUGCAACAACCCCUACCACAAGACAAUUUGUAAAAUGCCCCGUUGCAAUUGCAACGGCCUGCAUGCUCAUCACCCCCGGGACUGUCUGUUCUACCUCAGAGACUGGGAACCCCCCCGACUGCAGGCCCUGCUGCAGAAGCGCGCUGUGGAGUUCAACACAGAUCCCUCUAAUGGAGCUCAAACUGAUGCGUGUGGUGUGAUGGAGCAGAAGGAUGAAGCAGGGCGGCCGAUUGAUUCCCCGUGUGGACACCAGACUCAGCCGGGGCAGGCCGGACUCUGCGAGUGAGUGCUUGGAGCGCUGCUUCACAAACUGUCUGGUUGUUCGACAGGACAUUACCAUUUCAAAUAAUAUUACUAAACUACGUGGUAUUGUAACCGAAGAGGUAAUUGAUUUGAAUGAAC